AUGCUGUCCCCAAUUACUGUAGGCCUCCACUGCCUGUUUCUACUGUUCACAGCAUGUUACCAGACAUCACAGGACUCAAACUUUGAUCAGUUCAUCCAAUACGUAAUUGACAGUGCACUAGGAGAGGAAACCUUGCAGUCAGAGAUGCGAAGGCAGAAGCGAAAUGUCCUUACUUUUGACCUUCCCCCUCUGGAGUACACUGUUGACAUUGAAGUAAGCCUUAUGGAUUCUUCUUUCCUGGACCCUGUCAAAGAGUAUUUCAAAAACCUUAAUCUUCCAGUUUCAACAAAUAUUUCAGAUGUAGAAAUGACAGUUUCAAACAUCAACAUUACAACAGUCUGUCUGCCCAGUGGUGAGAACAGUAGCUGUUGUUCUUGUGAAAAUGGAUAUGCCUGGCCAAGCGAGGUGUGCAGUGACUUGAUAACCUGCCCUUCUACCAGCCUAGCAUCCAACCUGCCCUGCGGUUAUGUGAAGGAAAUGCCUUUCUAUGGGCCUUACUGUGAACCUCAGACUGGAGACUCAUGUGGUAUGGGAGAGCCCAUUGUAGUGAAUAUGUCAGUCAGACUUGACAUAGACUUUUACAAUGAUCUUGAGGAUCCUUCUUCUGAAUUAUACAGAAAAUACAAAGCUGACCUUGAAAAAGCGUUUAAUGGUAGCUACAGAUGUUUACCAGGCUUUGUAUCAGCAACAGUAGCUGGUUUCACGCCUGGAAGUGUUUUUGUGAACUAUGAAGUAAAAGCGGGAGCAGCAAGCUUUGAUCAGAUAGCAAGUUCCAACAAAAUGGUCCCACAAUUUCUAGAUGCAUUUUAUCGGUUAAACCAAGCUACCUUCACAACAGAAAUAACCAAUCAAACAAACUUCUCUGUGAGUCCUGUAGACAUUUUUGAAGGGGAUACAGUAAGACUCGUUUGUGAGAUAAAUUCAACAUAUCAGAAUGUAACCUGGUAUCACUUUGAUCAGAUCAUCUCAACCACCUUCCUGUAUUUGAUGAAGACAAAUGUUACAAGCAAACCCUCACAGUCAAUUCAUGAAAUUUCCAACAUUACAAUGAAGCAUUCUGGCUCCUACAGGUGCGCUUUCAUCAACAGCAAUCAGUUUUACACAGUGAUAUACAAGGCCACAAAAACAAUAGCAGUCUCUCAACUAUACAUCACUCCAAACGUAAACGACAUGGAUGUUACAUGCAACAGUCCUGAAAUGCAGACAAACAGUCCUCUGCUGUCCUGCUGUGUUGACAGACCCUUACCAUCACUUACUGGUGACUGGAAAGUAAAUGGAGCAAUCAAUAUUACAGGAGUCACCACUUUCAGUGAAAACUGCACUGAAUACAAGCUCAACGUCAGUGAGUCACUGUGUCCACCUGAGAAGUCAGGUACAGUGACGACAUACACCUGUGAGCUGCAGACUGGACACGGUGCCAGGCAUAGUCAGGACAUCAGAGUGACCUACCUCCGGAAAGCCCAUGUAACGAUAUCUUCAAGCAUAAACUCAUUAGUUUCCGAGGGAUAUGGGUUCAAUCUAACAUGUGAAAGUGAUGUGAGCAAUUACGACAGUAUCAGUUGGAAAAUCCAGUCUGGAAAUGAUACCAAAACAGUCGACUGUGCUACCUGCAUCAAAAAUAGUAAAUUUCCAGCCUCAGCUGUGCUCACAGUGAAGACUGCCACACAAGUCUUUUCAGGCACCUACAUCUGCACAUUUUUCCAGAAGUACUUGGAGAGUUCUGCCAAUGUGACAAUCGAGGUUGUUCCCUUGCCUCUGAAGCAGGACAUCCUGAUAGACCCCGUUGCAACAUCUAUACAGUGCAAAGUGCAACAAGCCCUUGAGUGCUGCAUAAGUGUUAACACCAUGGAAGAUUACACCGUUACCCUCGUGGUUCAACAAAAUGAAUUUCAACUUGGGAAAAAGGAAGAAGGAAAUUUGCUCUGUUACAUGUACAAUUACACAGAGACAGAAUGCAGCGAAGAGAAAGAGCUCAUGGCGUAUUGCAAGUUCGUUAACCGCAUUGGACAGGAAGUCAGCAGUGACAGUAUGAGACUGCACCUGAUACCUGAUCAGAAAAUUUCUUGCUCAGACAGCCUUGGCAUUGGAAUGGAAGGGGCCAUAUUGGUAAAGCCAUGCCGUGAGUUAGAUGAUUUUACCCGAGGCAACAGAACUUACAAGUGCUCCAACAAAUCAUGGAAGCUUGAAAGGGACAACUGCCUGUCAGCACCAAUAAACAACCUGCUGACUAGUGCCGAGACCUUGGUCAACAGUCCUGAGGCAAAAAAAAACCUACCUACCUACCUUGCAGAGCUUAAGGAAAAGACAGGAAAGGAGCAAAGCACAAUAAACAGUUCUCCUGCAAAUCUAGGCGCGAUCGUUACCAUCCUGGAUAUGGUCUCUCUUAUCCCAGCAGAUGCAGAGGAGAGUACUAUUCUAAAUUUCCUCUCCACAGUGGACUUUGUUGUUGCUGAUUCCACAACUGAAGUUUGGGAAGAUCUGAAUAAAGAGGAGAAACUCAAAAGUUCUUUGCUACUGCAGUCAGUAGAAAAUUUUUCCCUGCGCCUCCAACCAGUUAAUAACACCAUUCCUCCUGUCUCUGCGAACACCCUUCAACUACAAGGUAUAGCUGUCACAGAAAAUAGCAACACAGAUUAUAAUAAGAAGUUCUACAGUACAGAAAACCUCACAGUUAAUGUGCUGAUUGGUGAAACUGAAAUUCAGACUCUAACCCGAAAUUCAACCAUUGUCAGUGUGAUGUACUCAAAACUUGGACAUAUUUUGCCCUGGGAUGAGCCCGAGUAUGUGAACGGCUUACUGAUAUCAACAACUGUAAGCAGCAAUAAAAGCCAGAAGUUCGAUAUUAACAUGACCUUCGAAAAGAACAUCUCGUCUCUAAAGAUGCCGCAGUGUGUCUUUUGGAACUUCACACUCAACAAACAUAGAGGGGGCUGGGAUACUUCUGGUUGCACACCCACAGAGGUAGAAAAAUAUGUCAUUUGCUCCUGCAAUCACUUGACAUCGUUCUCCAUUCUGAUGUCACCUGACGAAUCCUCCCAGGUAGUCAUUGAAGAUUACAUUACCUAUAUUGGCCUGGCCAUUUCAGUCUUGAGUUUGGUGGCCUGCAUUAUAAUUGAAUCCUUAGUCUGGAAAUACGUGACAAACAACACAACCUCCUAUAUGCGCCAUGUCUGUAUAAUUAACAUAGCUACAUCACUUCUGAUUGCCGAUGUUUGGUUCAUUGUCACUGCCUCCAUUAAUGACCAAAACCAACAGAUCAGCAGAGUUCUCUGUUUUGUGGCCACCUUCUUCAUCCACUUAUUCUACCUAUGUGUCUUUUUCUGGAUGCUCAGCCUGGGCCUCAUUCUUUUCUACAGACUGAUCUUCAUCUUGCAUAACACAAGCAAGACCACUCAGAAAGCAGUUGCCUUCUGUCUGGGCUAUGGGUGCCCCUUUGUCAUUGCAGUCAUCACCAUCGCUGUCACACUGCCAAGGAACAACUACACCAGAAAGGAUGUCUGCUGGCUCAACUGGAAGGACAGCAAAGCUCUUUUGGCCUUCGCAAUACCUGCUCUGAUCAUUGUGAUCAUGAAUUUGUUCAUCACCGCAGUAGUUAUAAUAAAGAUACUGAGGCCAACUAUUGGGGAUAGGUCAACCAGGCAGGAGAGGAACUCUUUGUUUCAAAUUUGCAAAAGUGUGGCUAUCUUGACACCACUGUUAGGCCUCACCUGGGGAUUUGGCUUUGCCACCAUCAUCAAAAGCAGCCAUCGAGCUUUCCAUGUCCUUUUUUCUCUGCUCAAUGCUUUGCAGGGAUUAUUCAUUUUGGUGUUUGGGACUCUUUGGGACAAGAAGAUACAAGAAGCCCUGCUGAAGAGGAAUUCAAUGUCCAAAUGGAGUUCACAGCAAACGAAGUCAACGUCCCUGAUCCUGGUAACACCGAUGCUUGCUAUGAGCUACCCAUUUUCAAGAACCUUUAACAACUUAUGUGGAAAAACAGGAAAAUACAGAGUAUCUUCUUCAGAACCAUCCAGCUCUUCCUGUGAAAACAGUUCCAAGUCAUACUCUUUGCUUAACUGA